AUGGCCUCUCCUCCGUCCCCAGAGAAAGAUCCCAGAUUAAUCCCAACCCCAGAGAAGGUUCCCCAGAUUAUUCCCAACCGCACAGAAAGUCCCCAGAUUAACCCCAUGUCCCAGAGAAAGACCCAGGAUUUAUCCCAACCACAGAGAAGGUCCCCCAGAUUAAUCCCAACCCCACAGAAGGUCCCCCAGGUUGUCUCAACCCCACAGAAGGCCCCCAGAUUAAUCCUAACUCCAGAGAAGGUCCCCAGAUUAAUCCCAACCCGAGAAGGUCCCCCACCAAUCCCCAACCCCAGAGGUUCCCCAGAUUAA